AUGGGGCCUGAAGACAGGGCCAAACAUUUGCACCAAGGCCCAGACCUGAGCUGCGGGGCAGCUGGGGAGGGUCCCGCGCCAGAGUACAGCAGAACCCACUUUCUGCACGGCCAUGUCCAGGACCAGGACCGCCCAGGAGGCCAGGACCACGUGGAUGGGCAGAUCCUGGGCCAGCUGCGCCCCCUGGCAGAGGAGGAAGAAGAAGAGGGGGCUGGGGCAGCCUGGCCCGGGGGGCCUGCCUUCCCCAGCAUGGGCUCUGAGGAGCUGCGACUGGCCUCCUUCUGCAACUGGCCCCUGACAGCGGGUGUACAGCCUGAGCUGCUGGCUGCUGCCGGCUUCUUUCACACAGGCCAGCAGGACAAGGUGAGGUGCUUCUUCUGCUACGGAGGUCUGCAGAGCUGGAAGCAAGGGGAUGACCCCUGGACCGAGCAUGCCAGGUGGUUCCCCAGGUGCCAAUUCUUGCUCCAGGCAAAAGGAAGAGACUUUGUGCACAGCGUCCAGGAAACUCAUGCCCACCUGCUUGGCCUCUGGGACCCAUGGGAAGAAGCAGAAGAUGCAGCCCCUACCGCCCCCUCCGCUCCCACCCAUGGGGACCCUGAGCUGCUGACACCCAGAAGAGAGGGCCAGUCUGAAGGCGCCCAGGAGCCAGGAAUCGGGGAUGCGGAAGAGCAGCUGCGGAGGCUGAGGGAGGAACGGACUUGCAAGGUGUGCCUGGAUCAUGCUGUGAGCGUCGUCUUCGUGCCCUGCGGUCACCUGGUCUGUGCCGAGUGUGCUCCCAGCCUGCAGCUGUGCCCCAUCUGCCGGGCCCCUGUCCGCAGCCGUGUGCGCACCUUCCUGUCCUAA